GCAUGCGUUGUAUAUCAUGUACGUUGGUAUUCAGUAGUGGGUUUGUAAGGUGUGACAUCGCUUUGGAAUAACUAUACCUUAUUCUAGAGGAUAUUUGCCUAACAUUCACAGCUGACCGUACCAGGAGUCAUUUGCAGGUUGUUUGAUAUCAAAUACCAUAUUACAUUUAGGACAGAUAAAAUCAAACAGACAAGAUGGCGAUAGGAUGUGGACCAAAAUGUGCGAAAGUGCUACUGAUAAUCUUCAACUUCAUCUUCUGGCUCUCUGGAGCAGCAAUCCUAGGUGUCGGUAUCUACCUAAUCGUGGAUACGACGAUUGUGCGAUACCUCGAGAUCAUCCAGGUCAGCAGUAACGACCCCUACCUGAAGACCGCGGCGUUUAUCCUCAUUGGUAUAGGCGCGUUUGUCUUCGUGGUGGGAUUCUUUGGAUGUUGCGGGGCGAUUAAGGAGAGCAAGUGCAUGCUGGGAAUGUACAUCUUCUUCCUGGUGAUCGUGAUGGCAGGAGAGCUCGCAGCUGGUGUUCUUGUGGCAGUUUAUAAGGAUAAGAUAACAAAGGAACUCCAGAAAGGCAUGCAGACACAGAUCAAGGAGAAAUACGGGAAUGGGACGGCAUUCGAUGCUGCGUGGGAUCUUCUUCAGUUUGAGAGGAAAUGUUGCGGAGCCAAGGACAUCAAGGAUUAUGAUGGUGCCAUCUAUAAGGAUAUGAAGACUGGAAGCACAAAAAAUGAUAUUAUCCCCCGUUCCUGCUGUGUGGCCAAAGACGGGGUGAAAGCGGAGAAAGCUCCCAGCCUCACUAAUGAUGACUUGAAGGACUACACCACAUGUAUAAAACAAGCAGACAAUUUCAUCGCUGGGACGACGGACACUCUCAAUGCUAAGGUCAUCCAUACAAAAGGUUGCUACAAUCAAGUUAAAGCAUGGUUUGAAAGGUACAGCAUCAUUCUGAUUGGAGUAGGAUGUGGAAUCGCUGGCCUUGAGAUCAUCGGAUUCAUCUUUGCCAUCUGCCUGUGCAGGAACAUCGGCGAAGAGGUCGACUAAGACACUCAACCUGCUCGACAACUAGUUUGUAUCACUCUACCUCCCUGCGAACUGAAUUACUUGAGAAAAUUCCCAAAGGCUUUAGAAUGUGCAGUGACUGAUUAUUCUAUGUAAAUGAUGCUCGAAAAUGUGUUUUCUUGAAUACAUCACAUGAUAUCCAAGUGCACGAGUGUCUCAGGCUAAAUCGUAGAAAACCCCUUAACUUAUGCAUUAAAAAAAUACCAAAAUUCAGUGAGCAGUAGCCUCUAAUAAGGAGACUGAGCCCACUUGGAAAGCAUUUCCAUAAAAAUCCUGAUUUGAAGCAGGUGUUGCCACAAGAUUGACUCAGGCAGCCAGUUAAUGAAUUGCUGGGGUGAUGGUGGAGUAAAGAGGAAUAUGCAAUUAACGUCUUUUGGGAAUUUUUAUACAGUGAUUAAGUUUAUGUUGAAAGAACUUGAGGGAUCUUCGGUGGUGCAGAAUCUGGAGCAGAAAAUAUGGUGUGUCAUAGGAAAUUAAAGAGCGUUAUUUGUCAAAUUUGAGUGGGUAAUUAGCUAUGAAUAAUCAAAAUUGUAUUGGCAUCAUUUUGUACGGGUCAGUGUGGAAGGUAUUGGGGGUAAAGGAUUGCUGAUGGUUGAUAAAAUGAUGCCAAUCUUUUGCGUCUGCUGGGGUGUGAUACCGUUACAUGUGUAUCUAAGCUGAGUUUGUUUGUAAUCACUGAGUGUUUUUCAUGCGUUCAUGCUCUCAUUGUCUUAGACAUCCACUUGGAGGCUGGUUACACUCCUUGCCCUGUUUCACCUAUCUGCUCGUCUCGAUAGACAGUGUUUUGGAUGAGCACGAUUCCUGAAUCAGUGUCAAGUUAUUGACAUGAUUUAGUGACAAAGGCGAGUGUAUAUAAUCAUCGAAUUGUGCAUCAGCAGUGUCUGCAUUAGCAAAGGCCUUCCUUCAAGCACAUGCAUAGACGAGAGGAGCUUGGUAUACACAGCUGCGUGGAGUGUGAGUUGCCAACAACUGGGUGACUGAAUCUACAUUGUAAACACAUGCAAUGACACAUGAUCAUUUCUGUCCAAUCAGACACUUCCAUUAAUUGUAAUAAUUAGCAUAUUUAGAGGGUGCGUACGUGUGCCACAUUACCGUAAAUGGUCAUCUCUUCAUUAAUUUUCAGUAACAGAGUUUAUCAGCAAAAAUUUGGAGUUGUGGUGACAUUCUCGUAUUUGCUAUGUGAGCCCUUUAAAACUGGAGUAAAGCAGUGUUUUACAUUGCAUGCACAAGUUGACUUCAGUAGGCCUACACUGUGAACUUCACUUUAAAAAAGUAUCUUAGGCUUAAAGGGUUAAAUAUGUAUAUUGAAUAUUGUAAUUGGAUAUGUAUAUGUAUUGUAAAAUUCAUUGUAUUUAUUAUGAAGCAUAGGCGGACAUGUACAUUACAAGAAGAUUGGACUGUUAUGGAAACGUUGUGCUUUGCUCCCAUAUACACAUCUGAUCUGUAUGAAAGUGUUGCCAAUGCUUAGAAAGGCCCCUACACACUGACAGGGCAUUCAAAAUCAGGAAGGGCUUAAUUACAGCUCUUAUGAGGUUAUCAAUUAAGGUUAGACAUCAGGUUCUUGCCUAGCACUUAAGGACAAGCGCGUACCGUACCAUACCCUGAGUCAUAGUCAGCAGAUCAGCCUAUUAGUUUCUGAUGUAAAUUGACAAAUAGAAAUAAUGAUGUUGGUAUUUUGAAAAGUAGUUCUAAAUAUUGUAGGUGUUCGAAAGAUCUGUAACCGAUUGUGAAGUCAUAAUUUCUUUUUGUACAUCAAAUUGUUUUUUAAAAUAUCGUUUUGAAAAAUAGGUGUAUAGGUGUGUUAUGACUGAUUUCUAUUAAAAGUGGUCAGGGAGCUUUGUUUAAGACAACGUUAAAGGUGGAGUACACUUGGUAAAUAUUUGAUAUUUCAACGGGCAGUUUCCUGUAUUGAGGGAUUGUGUGUAAUUCUGAUUUAUGAAUGACACAGCAUUGCCCUCUAUACAGGAUGCAUACAACUAUGAGUCUCUAUGGAUAUCAGGAAUAGAAAUUUCUCAUGCCAUCUCCCCUUUAAGCUCAUCUUGUUUUAAGGGUGAAUACCUUGUUUUGAUAUUUGUAAAAAUCACAUAAUUUUGCUUAUGACAUAUUUAUAGAUAUAUGUAAAAACUAGCAGGAAUAGCCUUUCUAUAUUCAUAAGUGUCGUAGAGUAAGAUCUGUAUGAUGUUAAUGCUUAUGUUGUCAGACAUUGCACUAAAGUCACAUCAAGUUAUGUUGUGCAUUCAAGAACAGCUGUAAAGAUGAAAAUAAAUGAUGUAGUUUUGAACAACUUUCUUGUAUUCAUGUGAGAUCGCUUAAACUAUAUGUUAGAAAUGCAUUCAUUUGGCUCGUUUCCAUUGCUAAGUAAAGCCACUCCAACUUUUUCGCUUGUGUAGCAGGCUUAUUUGCCAGCUUUUAGUGUAUUAAAAAACCCAGCAGAGGACUGGUGUUUGUUCAACAGAAAUCAAAAUAAAAUAGCAUGAUGAACAAAGGUUUUUUAUCUCUUAGACACCUGAUGUUUUUACGUAUAACAUUUUAGCAGCCACGCAGUAUUUAGUGGCGGAAUUCUUUGAAAAUAUUUUUCGUGAGUGAGUCGUACUUUACCUUGUUUUAGUUGUGCCAUAGUGUUCUAUUUACUUUUGUUGUACGUCUAAGGCCAUACCAAUUCAAUUGUUUGCUUUUACAAAAUUUUGGCUACAAAUAUGUGCAUGUGAGCAAGAAAAAAGAUUACAGUUUUGAUAUUUGAAAUAUUCCUUACCACAAAAACAAAUAAUUUAGUCUUGGGAUUUAUAACAUGAGUGAAAUAUGUGAAACAACCAAUCAGAUUGGUAUGGCCUUACUGAAUACUGUGCUAUAUCUUGUUACAUUUGAUUUAUGUAUCAGACUUACUUGAAUCUUGAUAAUUAACCCUUUAUAUUGAUAGGCCAGGAAUUUUUGGAACGGGUAAAUUGCAUGUUUAUUGAAGGUAAUUAAAUAGAUAUUUGACAAAAAAAAUUUGCUUCUACUGACUCACUUUUUGAGUCUAUAAUGUAUAGUGCAAUUUUGAUUAUCCACCAAACAACUCAUUCUGCAUUGAAAAGUUAUUUAUAUUUUAUAUUUAUAUAAUAUGGUGCCCAAACUAAAUUGAAUAAUUGAAGCAAGGAAUCUUAAUACUAAGGCCUUAUCUAGUUAAGUAGUUUCAUUUCAGGUUAAGAGGAAAGUGUGAAGCCCUAUAUAGAUUUCAUGAAAAAUAUGACAAAUUUGCCCUGCUUUCCAUCUCCCCAGGCCCAGGGUCAGGAUUUUCAAAAGCAUGGGGAAGGGGGCGACAGCUGCCGUGCCCAGCCCUGGAUCUGGUCCUGCUGCCUUGUUGUAUUUAUGUCGCGUAAGUGUCCAGUCUCUUCUCUUAUCUCUCAGGUCUGUUGUUAUUCAAAAAGUUACCUGUUUUGCCAAUAUUUACGUCCAGUCGGUCGAGGAGAAAGUUUCUUAAUCUCUGGCAGCCUACUCAAAUGCCUAGUUACACCUGUAGCAAAAAGAGCUGAGUCUUUAAUUGUUGAAUUAAAAAUUUAAAAAUGGCAGCUGUUAGCAUGGUCUCCUGUUGUCGUUGCUGUGGAUAUCAUUAAUGUUACCAUGGUUACUGUGAUGUUGACAUGGAUACCACCUGUGGUUACCCAGAUGUUGACAUGGAUUCCACCAUUGGUUUGCCUCUUUGUUGACAUGGAUACCAUCCAUGGUUACCAUGGUUCCCUUAUUGUUAACAUGAAUAUCACAGCUGUGGUUAGCCAGAUGUUGACAAACUUGAUACCAGGGUUUGUUGAUGUGGAUACCAUCGGUUUUUUAGGUGCCCAGAUUUUAAGCACAAUCACCAUAAAAAUUUACUUUUUUGCACUGACACGCAGUAGUUAGAAGUGUUAGCAUUGUAGGUUACUAGAUGUGAAUAUAAAAACAGCUUUAACCCAUUAAAGAAUAGGUAGUUUGGUUGCUGACCAUUGAAUCAUGUGACAAGGCACAGAGAUACCACAUAUCCCUUAUAUUGGUGGUAUUUUGGCACAAUUUUGAAUAUGGGGGUUCUGUCUGUCAUUCUCCAGCUGCCUGUGAUACAAGGUUGAUGAUGAGACUAUCCCUAUCCCUGUGACUGUGUUCGUUAGAGCGUGCAUGUAUAUCCAGCCUGACCAUGCAUUGGUGUGAUUCUUAGUUCAGCUUACUACACUUGAAAAUGAGUAGAUAACUCUUUGAGGACGAAUGGUGACACCAAUUGACUGGAAAAAGUAUUGAAUUGACUGAGAGAUGAAAUAGAAUGUAGGAGGUAACUGUAGACCCAGAGGGAUCCUACUGUCUGAAACAGUCACCCUCUAUCACAUGAGGAUGUGUUCGGGCAGUGGAUUGGACCUACAUCCACCAAGGAAACAUGCCAGGUGCUGAUGUCAUUUUCAAACAUCAAAUGCACCACACUCUUGACAGUGUCAAAGAGUUAAGUCUGGGGCAGUCAAACCCAUUGACUUGACCAUUCAUUGAAAAGGUCUUGGCGAUCUCUUUCAGAUGGUAGGCCUAUACUUCUACUUCUUCAAUCGUAUCAAUUCAAAUAUUCAGAUGUUAAAAAAAAUCCAAGUCCUCAAAGCGUUAAUAAGGUUUUAGAUUGAUGUACUGCUUGGGAAAUGGCGCACGGUGGCUAAACUGGACAAUUAUUGUAUGUAUCUAAUCGCCCAUUUUUACAACGUAUAAAUGUAUACAGAUAUUUUAACAUGUUGGUCACAAUCAUUUGUAAUUGUAUGCUAGCAAUCACGUUCCAUAUACAGUCAUCCAAUGACGGAUGUUUUUAUUGCAUUAUUUACUUUUGGUUCCUUUCCUACUAGUGUAGUCUUUUGGGAGUCAAGUAUCAGAAUCUCAGUCUGAUAAAAAACAGACAAUCACAAACUUCUAGAUACUUUUGGAUAGUGAGUUUUAAUCGCAAUGCUUGGGAAUGAUGUGUUCAGCCUAGCAAAAUUGACACAAGCAUUGAGUUCUGUUACGACUUUCGAUUUUACGGUUUUCUACCAAUUUUCUGAACUUCAGACAGAUUUUUGCAUUGACUCCUGAAUGAACACUGAAUUAGUGAAGGCCUUUACAUCAUGCAUGAUUAGUUUUCUUUGUUGAUUCAAGUCUCAAAUGACCAUAAGAUUGGGACAGACUUCUAAAUAAAUCGCUUAUUAUCUGAAAUUUCAUCAGAAUAAAGUCUUCAACCAGCUGGAGGUGUGGAAAGAUCCUUGGAAUCGAUAACCAGUUAACGUAAACCACCUAAGUUAGUUUUUAUCUUGCCUACAGUUCUGCCCAACUCUGCGAUUAAGACUUGGUCAUCAAAACUCGCUACACCGAACAUCAUCUAUUACUUGAAUAAAUGUAUCUUUUGCAUCAAUGAUAAGGUUCUUUUGUAAACUAAAAGGAAGGAGACCUUUCUGUGACCAGUGUUUAUUUCUUGUCAUCAGCAGGCCAGCAAUGCACAAUGAACAACCCUUUCCUUUAAGUUGUUGCUUGAUACUAUACUUCAGUGCUCAGCUUCCAUUUGUUGAGGUACAUUAAAAAUGAGGAAAAAAUGCCCACUUGUCAUGAUUCAUCAACUUGCAGCCAGACUGCAGUCUUAAUUGCUAUUUGCUGGCCUGUAAACUUGAGCAUGAAUAUGUAAUGAGGUAGAUUAUAUAUUUAUGGCUUGUCUAGUUUGACUAAGUUUAAAUCCUAAUUAUGACUUUGAUGUAAGGUUUAUAGUAGAUCAAUAUCCAUAUUUAAAUUUUAUAUGUCAAGUAAAGGAUGUGUGUUUAUCAAAAUAA